AACUGAAUGAAUAUUUCAGCUUUGGUAUCAGAAAGGAAGAGUCGCUGCGUAAAGCUUAUCCGAGUUCAAACUGCGUUGCUUUGUAUGCAUCAAUCCAUUGGCCUGUCUAUCGUUAGAUAUAAAGCCUGGAGUUUCCAGAAGAACUUCCUUGGCUCAUAAAUAGUUCAUGCCUCCAUCAAACACUGAAGUUAUGAGUAACCCUGACAGAUGCUUUGGCAUAAGCAUUAAUUCAUCAAAUCGUCAAGUGCGUCAAAGAAACACAUCCUCAACUUCAUCCCCAAGUCCAACGAGAGAAUCCGACGAGGAAAGUCUUAAACCAAAGUCAGAGGAGUCGACCAUGCUUCGAUCGUGGAAGAUUACUGUUGUAGUUUCAUGUGUGAUUGCAGUCUUAGCGGAUCCUUUGUUUCUUUACAUUCCACUUAUCAAUGACAAAAGCAAAUGCCUUGGAAUGGACAAAAAGCUAAGGAUUGUCGCUCUCCUUCUGCGAUCACUUACGGACAUCGUUUUCAUAAUCGAUAUUAUACGUCAAGUCCGUGAAAGAAAUACAAUGAUGGCAAAAGUAACAUCACUGUCAAGUUCUUGCACUUCCACUCCGAAAAAUAUAGAAGAACUAGCAAAAGAAGAGACCAGGAAGAAGCGGCAGUUUUAUGUAUCAAUAAUAAUUCAUUUGCUCGCCGUGCUUCCCAUCCCACAGGUAUCAGUACUGGUUGUCUUUUUCAGAAUGAGAGACUCUGGGUAUCUGCCAAAAAUAAAGGUUUUGAAUGUCAUUCUUCUUUUACAAUAUGUGCCGAACAUUCUCCGACUCCGCCAAUCGUACAAGAGAUUACAACUGACCGAAAAAUUGGUUAGAGGUGUAUUCAAUUUCUUCUUAUACGUCGUGGCUAGUCACGUAGUUGGAGCUUUUUGGUAUUUUUUUUCUAUUGAACGAGAGACCUCAUGUUGGCUUCAAGCAUGUAAAAAUAUUGUUGGAUGUAUAGUCACUCAUUGCGGUGAUAGUACUCCAACAAAUGACGCAUUCCUUGAUAGAUCAUGUCCGAUAAAUCCCUCAAAUGCUACCCUGUUCGACUUUGGAAUGUUUCUUGACACUAUUCAGUCUGGCUAUACAAGACAGAUGAGUUUUCCAAAGAAGUUCUUUUAUUCUUUCUGGUGGGGUCUCAAGAAUCUAAGGCAUAUAUGCAAUUUUCAAAAUCAAAAGAGAUGGACGAGGAGGAGUUAACAAGAAGGAUGAAGGAGAAAGAGGAUGCUAUACGCCUGUAUUUGACACCAAGAAAUGGUCUUCCUGAAGAUAUCACGAAACAAAUC